AUGGCGGACAAGUCGGACAUUAAUGAGAAGUGGGAAGAAAAUGAUUUUACACUGCGAACAGCAUCUGCACAUGCUCGUCAGGUACGCCUGAUUGAAUGCGACACCAGUCUCUCAAGUACAUACGGCAUCACUUCUUCAAGCUGCAUGGCACAGCUGCCUUCUUUUGACGCAACCAAGUCACUGCCACCUGACACCAUGCACGACAUGCAUGAAGGCGUAAUCCCUCUUGUGUUGAAACACGUUAUUAAGACCUUAAUAACUGAUGGCUUCUUUACAUUGAAACUACUGAACGAGAGAUUGCGCUCCUUCCCUUUUCAAGGUAAUGAGAAAAAGUCCAAGCCGGCACCCCUCACACGACAAGUGAUAUUUGGCAAGUACUCGAUAAAAGGGUCAGCCUCAGAAGUCGGGUGCCUCUUCCACAUGUUUUCACUUCUAGUUGGUGACCUCAUUCCAGAGAGCAGCAAAGCAUACGAAGUGUACCUUCUGCUUAGAACAAUAGUGGACAUAGUUGAAGCACCCAGAGUGACGGUUGACGUGCUGCCAUUCCUGCAGGUCCACAUAAGCGACUUCUACAGCCUAUUCAGACAAGUGUUCCCCGAUGUGCGCGUUACGCCAAAAAUGCAUUACAUGAUACACUAUCCUAGGCUUUUUCUUUUGUAUGGUCCACUGACGCGUCUCUCAUCAAUCAGGUUUGAAGCUAAACACCAGUUUUUCAAGCGCCUAGCAAGAAAAACGCAGAACUUCAUCAAUAUCUGUCGCACGCUCAGCAUUCGUCAUCAAAUGCAUCAAACAUAUCACCUUUAUGCCUGUAAGGAACACACUACAACCAAUGGCUGUGUUCAAGUGGCUGUGGAGAGGUUGCCACAGGAACUCCAGGCAGAGCUCGCUGAACGCAACGUGACAUGCGCGGACAUAAGCACAGUGCAGUCACUGACAGUGUCCAGGCAGACAUAUAACGUGGGCACUGUUCUUCCUGUGACUGUGUUCGACGAUGACCUGCCUGUAUUUGCAGAGAUUGAAAUGAUCAUUUUGUGUGAGAACAAGCAUUAUCUGCUGUGCACUUUACUAAGAACUGUGUGCUUUGAUGAGCAUUUCCACGCCUUUCAUGUGGAAUACACCGACGAUAGUAUUUUCCUGGACAACUUCAAAUGCAAGGAAGAUUUCCCCGACUCGUUGUAUUUGCAUAAAGUCUGCAACAAAGUAUAUAUCAACCCAGCGCACUGCAUGUUCACUGGCAGAGACCGGUCCGUGUAUGAUGAACAAUGA